AUCGAGACUACGAUGAAAGUCCAGAGAAAGUACGUAGCGCAUGUACCACACCCUCCGUCCGGUUAUCCGACCUGAGCGCCGGCUCUCCAGCUUCAAUGCUCCACUCUAGACAGCCCCUACCAAUGGAGACGGUGUGUUCGGCUUCCUCAGCUUCCUCUUCCUCCUCCUCCUCAACGUCGUCUUGCUCGCCCUCCUCCCUCGUCUGCCUGAAUGGCAACCGUCUGGCCAGAUCUUUGGUCGUCCUCUCCUCCGACAGUCCGGGGACCGGGUCGACUCCGACGUACACGUCGUCAGCGCCAUGUCCCAUCUCAGGGUCCUUGGGUCCGGUUUACUCGGCCAGUUGGCUCUCCGAGGCCUCGGGGCAACCGCCGACGCCGCGGAGACCCGCGCCGGCCGGACUCCUCGGCGUCGGCAGCGCUCUCGACCUGUCCAAGACAACGGGUCGCCCGUCGGUGUCCACGAGCCCUCGAAGUGACGCACGAGCCGGGCCCACGCCACCCGUGGUCGGCCUGACGCCGCCGGCCGCCUCAUCCGAGCCCCGCGGCGAAAGCGAUCCGGACCUGGCGCACUUGACAACGACGGUACAGACGACCGGCUACCCGGCCUCCUUCGAAUUGCUGGCCGCCGCCGCUUGCGCCGCCGCCGCACUCGCUUCCGGGUCGCCAAGUUCCGUCGGUCCGUCGGUCGCCACGGCCGGGCCGAUGGGCGUCGGACUCGGCGACGUCCUCGUUAACGCGGCCUAUCAGCAUCCGUUGCUGGUCGGUCUCAAGUCCGAGAUCGCGUUGUCCGGGCAGCUGGGCGGCCUCAGCAGCCUCGCUGGCCUCGGCGGUCUGACGAGUCCGAUCGGCGCUGGGCCGCUCGACGCCCAAGUCGGCCUGCUACAGCAGGCCUUCGCCUGCCAGGCCGCCGGGCAGGUGCUGGCCUUUCCGGGCGGACCCGGUCUGUCCGGAGAGCCGGCGCGGAAGCAGCUCUCCUCAGUGUGGGACUCGAACUGUCGGGAGGUGGAGGGCCGCGAGGAGAUGGGCCUCGGGGUGGUCGAGUCGGCGGAGGAGGAGGCUGCCGAGCCUCGUCCCGCCAGACCGACCUGU